AGCAUUGAAGCUUCCUUUUAUUGCUUAGGAAGGUGACGAUGAAGCCGCCUAGUUCACCUUGGAGAUGAUAGAUUAUAUAUCUGUACCCAUCAACGUUCAGUUUGGUCACAGUUUUGAGUGCCAAAAUGUCGAAUAACAACUUCAACAGAUCAGUGCAGACAUCUGAGAAUGACUUUUCCGACCAACCAAAUUUCGACGAGUACUUGAUGUUUGGUGACUGGAUUGAUGAAGAUCAUAACUAUGUAGCUUCAGGGUCUACUCAGAAUUCGGUUAACCAAGUAAAUGAUGAUGAUUCUGGUGGAAGUAGCAGCCAACUUGGAGGUUCUACUACCAAUGAGAACGGAAGCGUACUGGAAAGGCAGCAAGUUAGAGAAAGAGUCGCCUUCAAAAUGAAAUCAGAGGUUGAGAUUUUGGAUGAUGGGUUCAAAUGGAGGAAGUAUGGGAAAAAGAUGGUGAAGAACAGCCCAAAUCCAAGGAAUUACUACAAGUGUUCAUGUGAAGGCUGCCCAGUGAAAAAGAGAGUUGAAAGAGAUAGAGAAGAUCCAGCGUUUGUAAUUACGACUUACGAGGGCACUCAUAACCAUCGGACCGUCUGAGUUCACGAACAUUUUCGAGGUUUUGGUAAGGAAGGAGGAGGAAGACUACUGCUGUUGCUGCUGCUACUGAUGUUGCACAGCCAUUGAAGCGGUCAUAUGACGAUCAAUCUUGGAACUAAUAUAGCUCCCUUGUGAGUUGUGACCCUUGUAUUAGGUUGACAAAUGAAUAAAAGUUUCUGUCACUAGAAGUUUUUCCGAAUUUUCUAGACAAUGUGGCAGAUUACAUUAGGGCUUAGAAGAGUUUAAGGUACUUGCAUGAAUAGUCAACAAGCCUAAAGGUCGAGCCAGUGUAGGGCUUUAAUUUAGCUAGCAAAUUAGCCUUUCAUCAGAAAAAAUGAAAAAGAAUAAAAUCUUUGUUCAACAGGAAAUUAAGAUUUCCUAGGUUCAAAUCAAAGCAUGUCGAUCGGUUUUGUAUGAAGUGUGAUACAAAAGAUUCUGGAAUGCCUAA